UUUAGAAAAUUCUAUAAUGAUUAAAACAAUAUGAUUUUGAAUUGUCUGAUUGGACAUAAAAAUAAUAUAUAUUGAAAAUAAUACUAGAUAGUACUCUGAACGUGUCAUAUGAAUAUUUGUUUGAGGUGAAGUUUUCUUUUUCUCAUCAUGCAUAUUAUCUAUGGAUUUAGAAAAGAAGAAAAAGAUUUUAAAUUAGAAAAUAAAACAAUAAAACAAAAUUGGCUAAAAUUUGAUACUUUUGUGAUAAAUUUUCACUAUUUUUUUUCUAACUUAUAUUAUUAUUGAUGUUACAGAGAGAUGCUCUGACCCAUCUAUAAUUUUAAUUCCUUUUGUCAGGAAUGAAACAUGUAUAGAUUUUAUGCCUAUUAUGGUAGAAAAUUAAUUGUGUAGAAAUUAAUUUAUAAAAUAAUAAUAUUUAUUUCAUUACAUGAUUAUAAUAUGAUGUCUUCAACUUUAUGUACUCUAGUCUCCUUUUUUUUUAAUGCAUAUAAAUGAUGUGUUAAAAUGUGCCUAUCACUUGUCACUAUGAUCUCAAAUAUAAAGAGAUUUUUGAUAUAUUUUAUGUGAAUUUUUCAAUAGAAGAUUAAUUUUGAAUUGUAUGAUUAUAUUGGGACUAUCCUGUACUCAUUGAAGUAAUAAUAAUAAAUAUAAUAGGUUUAUAGUUAACUACAAUUAAGCUCAUCAGAGAUAUGUAUAUGAGGUAAGCUCUCUUUUCUUGUGCAAAAGAGAGAGAAUUUUCAGCAACUAAUACUAAAUAAUUUAUAAUUUUACUUAAAAAUUUAAAUGAGAAAAUUGAUGACAAUUAACCAUCAAUAAAAUUUAAAAUAUUGAAUAAUUUUUAAAAAAUAUUAAAAAUGCUGAACGUUUAGAAUGUUUUUUAAACGACCUUUUUGUGUGGGCAAUAAUUUUACAAUCAAAAUUAUUUGGUCCUAGGAAAUGAAGAUGAUGAAAAUGAUAUGGAUGGAGAAUGUGACAGUGAUGUAGAUGAAGAAGAAGAUGGAGAAGAUGAAGAGGAAGAUGAUGAUGUAAAUGUUGAUGAUGAAGAGGAAGAAGGAGAUGAUGACGACGACGAUGAUGAUGUUGAUGAAGAUGCCGAUGAUGGAGAGGAAGAGGAAGAAAGUGAAGGUGAAUUUAACCCAGAUGAUGAUGAGGAUGAAGAAGAUGAAGCAGAUGAUGCAACAGCGAGGGGGCAAAAACGGAAAAGAGAUGAUGAAGAUUGAGAGUUGUUUAAUGGAGUGAAAAGAACUGUUAACACUCCUAGAAUUCAUUGUACAGCUAUAGUAGAUACAUCAAGAAGGACCUCAAUCAUUUCUUUCCUAGGAUUGCCAAGCACAGAAUCUAUUUACAUAGGGUAGGAUUUUAUUAUAUUUUCCUCCCUAUGAAAGAACUGUAAUUGAGGUUUUCCUUUUGCCAUUAGAAGACAUCUGUGCCUGGCAGUCAUUUAGGAUGUGAAGUUCAAGGACAUUUUCCUACCAUUGCACAAGGCUGAUAUUUUAAUAAUAAACUGUACAGUUUGGGUUCAUAAUUCUCAUUUGCUUAAAAUUGUUUAACAUAGAACCAUUCCUUUGCUGUGUUUUAUGAUUUUGUGUGUUUCAUUAUGUUGUGCAUUGUGUAAUAUAUUAUGCACCAAGUCCUCUAUCAUUCAUCAUAUACAUUACAGAAUCGUUACUUCAUAAACAUUAAUAAUAAAUUCAUAUUAAUUUAAUCAGAACAAACCUUUAUAAAUCUUUAAAAUGCAAAUUUAAAAUGUAAGAUAUAGUUUCAUUGAAAUUUUAUCAAACUGUUUUUAUCAUAUUGAUUUAACAGAUUGAUAAAGAAUUUCAAUGAAGUCAUGCUAGAAAAUUUAAAAUUUAUCAAUAUUAAUUUCCUAUUAAAAUACUGGAAAUGUUCCAUAAUAAUCAUACCUUGUGCAUUAGUAUGGAGUUUAUUAUUGCACUGAAAUUUUACAGAUAUUUGAAACGAUCCGUUUUCAGCCUUGUGUUAUGAAAUAAUGAGCGGCAUUAGAAAUAAAAUCUUUGUAUUUCAGUUCUUGUUGAAUAAAAAAAUUUUUACAAUAUGA